UAUCAUCUGCAUCAUUGAAGCAAUUGAAAAUCACUAAAGUAACAAAAAAUAUCAUUAGAGAGUUCACUAAGAUGGCAGGAGGAAAGUGGAGCAUCUUGGUGGCCUUAUUUAUCUUACUUAUCUCUAUGGAAGCUGCCAUUGCUCAAGGCCAAGGAAAUGGUAAUGGCAACGGUAACAAUGGCAACGGUAAGGGAAAUGGUAAUGGUAAUGGUAACAAUGGCAAUGGUAAGGGAAAUGAUAAGGAAGAAGGCAAGGAGAAAGGAAAAGAAAAGGAGAAAGCUCCAAAAAAGAAGAAGGCUCCAAAAGAGGAAUCCUCAAACUAUCAACAGUUACAAACUUUGCCCUCAGGACAGGAGCGAGCAUUCUGCAAAGCAAACAAUACCUGUCAUUUCGCGACCCUUGUGUGUCCAGCAGAGUGCAAAACCAGGAAGCCAAAGAAGAACAAGAAGGAUAAAGGUUGUUUCAUUGACUGCAGCAGCAAAUGUGAAGCCACUUGCAAGUUUAGAAGAGCAAACUGUGAUGGUUACGGAUCAUUGUGCUACGAUCCUCGCUUUGUUGGUGGAGACGGUGUGAUGUUCUACUUCCACGGAGCCAAAGGAGGAAACUUUGCCAUAGUUUCAGACGACGAAUUCCAAAUCAAUGCACACUUCAUCGGUACUCGGCCUCAGGGAAGGACUCGCGACUACACAUGGGUGCAAGCACUUUCUCUCAUGUUCGACACACACACUCUUGUUAUUGCAGCCAAUAGAGUAACUCAAUGGAAUGACAAUGUUGACUCUCUUACAGUAAAAUGGGAUGGUGAAUCAGUAAUCAUUCCUACCGAUGACGACGCUGAAUGGAAGACUAAUGGUGAUGAAAGAGAAGUGGUUGUGGAGAGAACAGACGAUGCAAACAGUGUUAGAGUCACAGUUUCUGGUUUGCUUGAAAUGGACAUAAGGGUAAGGCCUAUUGGAGAAAAAGAAAACAAGGCUCACAAUUACCAAUUACCAUCAGAUGAUGCUUUUGCUCAUUUGGAGACACAAUUCAAGUUUAAAAAUCCUACAGAUUCUAUUGAAGGAGUUUUAGGUCAAACUUAUAGGCCAAGUUAUGUUAGUCCUGUCAAGAGAGGUGUUGCUAUGCCAAUGAUGGGAGGAGAAGACAAGUACCAAACUCCAUCUCUUUUUUCAACAACAUGCAAACUAUGCAGGUUUCAGAGGCCUUCCACUAGCCAAGGACUCAUUGCUCAAUAUUGAUAAUUCAUGAAUUAUGAAAAAUAAGAGAUUCUUUGUAUUAUGAAAAUAAGAGAUUCUUUGUGAUUGAAUUGGUGAUGUCUUUUAAUUUGGUUUCUUUGUGUUGUAAUGUUUCAGCUAAAAAUAUUACAUGAUUUUUUAGAUUAUUA